AUGCACCCCUUCCCGGCCAACACCCUGCCGGACGCGGCACCCCGUACUUUCGCUACGGGGGGUACUGUCAAGGUACAUUCUCGCUUAGAGGUGCGGUGCGGUUCAGGCUACAUAGGGUGCAUGCCAAGCCUAGACACCUGCUUAUUGUUGAGUGCACUCGUUAGUGCACUCGUUUGGGAUCGGCCUAGACGCCGGCGGGUGUCGACAGUGAGGCGGGUGCAAGAAUGGCAGGUGGGAAGAAAGCUUGGAGGCACGCUGCGACGCGAGGUGCAAGGCAGCUGGGGUGGGAGUGCGAUUGGGAGGCCACUGGGCGCUGCAUUCGGCAGGGCACGAUCCUCACGAGGGGGCCACGAGAGAAGAGCGGUGAUGGCACGUGACCCGGACGCGAUGCGUGGGUCACGUGCUCGAAUCAGCCGCGUCCUUCAUCCAGCGUCGGCUCCCACUACAGCAGCAUUCUCCAGCUGA